AUGACACGAAUGGGUUUUAUCUUCCUGCUCCUGAGUAACGCCGCGUCAGUCUCCACACAGUUUAAUGGAUACAACUGCGAUGCCAACUACCACAGCAGGUUUCCAGGUGAAAGGGACAUCAGCGUGUACUGCGGGGUUCAGACCAUCACUUUGAAGAUCAACUUCUGUCCUGUUCUCUUCUCCGGCUACACCGACGCAGAUUUGGCCCUCAACGGCCAUCACAGCGAAGCCCAGUGUCGCGGCUUCAUCAACAACAACACUUUCCCCACAGCACUUCUGUUCAGCAUCAGCCUCAGCACUUUGGAGGCCUGCGGCAACAGUCUGGUGGUCAGCACAGCCUACGGGCCCACUGCCUAUGGGAACAUGUCUCUUGUACAAAUUGGGAAUAUAUCAGGCUACAUCGACACCCCUGACCCACCAACUAUAAUCAGCUAUCUGCCUGGUUUGUUGUAUAAAUUCAGUUGCAGCUACCCGCUGGAGUACCUGGUCAAUAACUCACAGCUGGCAUCAUCCUCUGCAGCUGUGUCUGUCAAAGACAGCAACGGUACUUUUGUGAGCACGCUCAGUAUGAUCCUGUACAACGAUUCAGCAUACAAUCAGCCUCUCUCUAUCCCCAUGGCUGGACUGGCUCUGAAAACCAGAGUAUUUGCUGCUGUGAAAGCCACAAACUUAGACAAACGGUGGAACAUUUUGAUGGACUACUGUUACACAACCCCCUCAGGGAAUCCUAAUGAUGAACUCCGCUAUGACCUUUUCUUUGGUUGCUAUAAAGAUCCCCAGACGACAGUCUUGGAGAACGGGAAGAGCCAGAUGGGCCGUUUUUCCUUUGAGGUUUUCCGUUUUGUUAAACACAGGCACCAGAAGAUGUCGACUGUGUUUUUGCACUGCGUCACCAAGCUUUGCCGGGCCGAUGACUGCAUCAUGUUAAUGCCUAUCUGUGGGCGGCGGCGCAAAAGGGAAGAGGAGACCCCUGAUUCCAUGGCAGCAGCAUCAGGGAACGCCAUCCUCUCUGCCGGUCCAAUCAUCACCAGGAGUGAUGAAACUCCCGUCAACAACUCCCAGCUCGCCUCUGGAGAUCUCUCCCAUUCAAUGAACCCAGUGACCAGUGCUCUGAUCUCAGGUGUGGUCAUCCUGAGUGUAGUCAGUGUGUGCUUCUUCCUGCUGUUGCUCCGCUUCCUGCUGAAGCCUCGCCCCCCCGCGACAACAGCAGCCUCAGGUUUCCAGUCUCAUGGAAAUGAGCAAAAUACAAGGUGCUCCAUUGAUGAGCUGACUACCACGCUGGAGAAUGAAGAUAGCCAGAAGGCUCGCUUCUGCUUCCCAGUGUUCCACUUCAUUGAGCAACAGAAUGAGACCAUCUCCACCUGCUAUCUGCACUGCAUCACCCGACUCUGCGAGUGCACUUCCUGCAGCACCUUCAAGCAAUGCCAGAGGAAGAGGCGGAGCAUGAGGAGCACAGGGAGCACAGUGGUCCAGGAGGGCAUCGCCGAGCUAUUUCAGACGGUGCAUCUAAAAGCGAUCCUCAAAUACGCCACAGAGACAUGA